AUGACAAGCUGCAGGGUGAGCGUGCUCGCGGCCGCCUUGCUUCUGGUGGCUGUCGGGUGCUCGCUGCCCGGUGUCAUGGUGGAGAGCCGCCCGGUGGCCAGGAUGGAGCUCGGCAUUGACCUGGGCGGCGGGCAGGGCGCCGGGCUAGGGCUCGGCCUAGGGCUGGGGCUCGGAGUGGGCACAGGAGGGGUGUCUGCUUCUGGAUCGGGCUCUGGCUCUGGCUCCGUGGCUGGAGCAGGUUCUACCUCUACGUCAAGAUCUGGCUCGGUUUCUGUUGGAGGGGCUAGUUCCUCCGCAGGGUCUAGUGCUGGAUCGAGUGCCGGAUCGAAUGGGUCAGGGGCUGGGUCCUCGGCUGGGUCUGGGGCUGGGUCGGGUGGAGGGCAGGGAUAUGGCAGUGGAGGUGGCGCUGGGUCUGGGUCGGGUUCUGGAUAUGGUGAGGGCGGCGGGUAUGGGCGGGGCUCAGGGAAUGGAUCUGGCUUAGGGUUUGGUGAGGGCCGUGGGUUCGGGUCUGGAUCGGGGGGAAACCCUUGA